CUGAAGCCGAAGAUGGAAACAAACGGCAGUUUUACGUCUUUGGCUUUGAAGAUGAAGAUGCCAAACACGACUACGCCAAUGCCUCUGCCAUUCGAUUUUGAGAAAUUAGUAAAUAGAGAUGACGUGAAGGAUUGGUUAGAUCAUAACUGGCACCAGUCAUUUUAUUGGUCGGCUCUUUACCUCAUAGUAGUAUUUGGCUGUCAAUAUUUUAUGAAGAAUCGUCCACCUUUCAAUUUGCGUUAUCCGUUGGUAUUGUGGAACUUGGGCUUGGCAGUAUUCAGUAUAUGCGGUUCCAUUAGAAUGUUUCCUGGAUUUCUUCACACAAUUCAAGAAUUUGGAAUUCAUUAUUCAAUUUGUCACGCUAAAUAUCCUCAAAUGAUACAACCUACUGUAUUCUGGGGCUGGCUUUUUAUCGCUUCUAAAGUACUAGAACUGGGAGAUACUCUUUUUGUAGUAUUGAGAAAACAGAAAUUGAUUUUCCUUCAUUGGUAUCAUCAUAUCAUGACCCUCAUCUUUUGUUGGUAUAAUAGUGCUCGGGAAGUUUCUCUGGGGCAUUGGUUUAUUACUAUGAAUUACUUUGUGCAUUCGUUUAUGUAUACUUAUUUUGCAUUUAGAGCAAUGCGCAUACAAGUUCCUCGAUAUAUUGCAAUGAUUAUAACCACUCUACAAAUUAUACAAAUGAUUUUCGGUGUCUCUAUAACAGUUUGGGCUUACAAAACAGUUUCUAGAGGAAUAGAUUGCGAAACUCCAGAAAAUACUUUAGAAUUAGCAUUUCUUGUAUAUCUAUCAUAUGCUUUACUUUUCUGUCACUUGUUCUAUCAGUCUUAUAUUAUUCCUAUCUGGAACAAUAAAAAUGAGAAAAAAUUAAAGUAAAAUAAAUCACUUCAACGUAUUUUUAAUUUUUAAAUUAAAAAAUAUCAUAUAUAUUUUUCAUAUGUAAAACAUUUUGAGCAUUUAUCAUAUACAUAUAUAUGAUAGUAUUUUUAGCAUUGUGUAAUUAUAGACAAUAAUUAAAAACUAUUUAGAUAAAGAAAAAAAAUGCUCAAAAUAUUAUUUCUAAUAUACUAUAAUAGUGCAAGACUGUACAAAAUUAUGUUGCCAUACUUACUUGCUUUACGGUGACUUUCGAUCACUGUAAAUUUUUAUUCUGUUAUGUUCAUUCAUAACAUAUCACAUUCAAUGACAAUUUAUUAGCAAAAUGAUAUAAUUAAAAUAUGCAAUAUCUAAACAGACUUUUCAAGACGUGUAUUAUGUUUUAAAUUUCAUUAAUGUACGACAUCUUUUUUUCUUUUGUUCGUUUGUUUCUCUUUCUGCCGUGUGGUACUAAGACGACCUUUUAAUCAAAUUCAUCGUGUGUUCCACAAGGCACACCGGUUGGAGAGGGACAUGCCAUUUCCCGAAUAUUUUUGGAGGUUUUCGACCCGUCAGAUACGUUUCUGAAGUCUCCCAGAGUGAUAAGCUGACAACUUAAUCGCUCGGCCAUCCAGCAGUCCACAUUAAUGUAUUUGAUUAUUUUUAAUUGUCCUUUAAUACCUGCAUAUUAAUAUGAUACUAUGUGUAAAUCUAUGUAACUAAUUUAUAUAUCCUUUUAUAUUUUUAAACAUUUAUCAAAUAUUCAUUGCGUUGAUGUACAAUAUUCGAAAUUUCAUUAUGUAUUAAUUUUUAUUCGAUAUGUAUUUACCUUUUUGUAAUUAAUUCACAUAUCUGAAAACAU